UGUUCGUUCUCUUUAGCUGCGUCUCCCCGGCGGACUGCAGUGUAUAUCAGCUUCUCCUGAACCAGGACUCAAUCCAGCACCAUGAUCAUCUACAAAGACCUCAUCACCGGGGAUGAGAUGUUCUCGGACAUCUACAAGAUCAAAGUGUCAGAGAAUGGCAUGAUGAUUGAAGUUGAAGGAAAGAUGAUCAGCCGGUCGGAGGGAGAGAUCGACGAUACGUUGAUCGGCGGCAAUGCAUCCUCGGAGGUCCAGGAUGAGGGCUGUGAUUUGACAACCGUCAGUGGUAUUGACAUUGUCCUGAACCACAAACUGCAUGAAACCAGCUAUGACAAGAAAGGCUACAUGGUCUACAUUAAGGACUACAUGAAGGCAGUCAAGGCUAAGCUGGAGGAAACUGCUCCUAACCGGGUAGAGCCUUUCAUGGCUAAUGCCCAAGCUGAGGUCAAGAAAAUCAUAGCUAACAUCAAGAACUAUCAGUUUUUCAUAGGCGAAUCCAUGAACCCCGAUGGCUCGAUUGGCCUCCUUGAUUUCCGUGAGGAUGGAGUGACGCCCUUCAUGCUGUUCUUUAAAGAUGGUCUUGAGAUCGAGAAAUGCUAAACUCCCCUGCUUGCCCCAGACUGCUCACCCUCAUCAUUGGGUGGCCAUGAAAAGCUUGCGGAUCAGAUCACCUCAUUCCUCUUCGACUCUUAUCAGGAUCAAGAGCGGACGCUCUUUUAACCCCCUUCGUGCCACCACUGAUUCCAUUAUCAACGUCCAACCAGAAGACUUAAGGCCCUUUAAACAUCAACUCCGAGGGACAGUAUUUUAGUGAGCUAAAAUGUUACGUUUUAAGGGAAAGUAAUGAUGUGGCUCACUGGUAUUUUUUUAAUUAAGUUGACUGCCUGGGUAUUGGUUUGCAGGGUGCAUGUCAGCCCUCAGACAGCAAUUGUACAGUCGUUUCUCGCCAUCCCAAGCCACAGGAUUGUAUAGGAUUUCUUGGCACUAUUUGUGAAUUAAAGUCAAGCUGCUGGCUAAA